GGUCCAGGCAGGCUCAGCCCAGGCCGCCAAGCGGGAUCGCACAGCGGCGGCCGAGCGCAGAGCAGGAAACUGAGGCUCAGAGAAGCCCGGUGACUUUCCUGAGACAAUCAGUGGCAAAACUGGGAGGAGAACCUCCACCACGGCGUGCUGUGAGUACCUGGUCCUCGGGAGGGGGCCAGGUCUGCAGUGUAGCUUGUCAACGCCCACAGGAGGGCCAUGGCGGUGGGGAACAUCAACGAGCUGCCGGAGAACAUCCUACUCGAGUUGUUCACACACGUGCCCGCCCGCCAGCUGCUGCUGCGCUGCCGCCUGGUCUGUAGCCUCUGGCGGGACCUCAUCGACCUCGUGACCCUCUGGAAGCGCAAGUGCCUGCGCGAGGGUUUCAUUACCGAGGACUGGGACCAGCCCGUGGCCGACUGGAAGGUCUUUUACUUCCUCCGCAGCCUCCGCAGGAACCUCCUGCAUAACCCAUGUGCUGAAGAGGGCUUUGAAUUCUGGAGCCUGGAUGUGAAUGGAGGUGAUGAGUGGAAGGUGGAAGAUCUGUCCAAAGACCAGAGGAAGGAAUUCCCCAAUGACCAGGUCAAGAAAUACUUCGUGACUUCUUAUUACACCUGCCUCAAGUCCCAGGUGGUGGAUCUCAAGGCCGAAGGGUACUGGGAGGAGCUGAUGGACACCACACGGCCAGAUAUCCAGGUCAAGGACUGGUUUGCAGCCAGGCCAGAUUGCGGGUCCAAGUACCAGCUGUGUGUUCAGCUCCUGUCAUCAGCACACGCACCUCUGGGGACCUUCCAGCCAGACCCAGCAAUGAUCCAGCAGAAGAGCGAUGCCAAGUGGAGGGAGGUCUCCCACACUUUCUCCAACUAUCCGCCCGGCGUCCGCUACAUCUGGUUUCAGCACGGCGGCGUGGACACUCACUACUGGGCCGGCUGGUACGGCCCGAGGGUCACCAACAGCAGCAUCACCAUCGGGCCCCCACUGCCAUGACACCCCCGAGCCCCCAGCCACCUAAUCCCAACUGAAAAACUGCUGUCAGAGAAGGGCUGGGUUUGGGAAAGGGAGGUGGAAGCCAGGCUCCCCCAGACUUCCUAGUUCAUCUUUGCCCCCAGCUCCCCAGUUGCCACUUUGUGGAGCCUCUUUGUUUGUGCGGCCUUUAUAUGUUAUGCGUAGCUAGCUCUCUGCCAGGGGUCUCAGUCUGAAUGAUGGGGCCCCUGAAGUUAGGGAGGUACAGGUCGUUCCCCCAGGCUCCUCCCCCAGUCACCUCUGAGGGAAGGUCUCCAAGUUCUGAUGGUAACCCAGAUCUAUGUGUCUACCUUCUCUCCCUGGGCCAUUUUCUCACUGUCUUCUUUGAGGGCCCCCAGAGCAGGGACAGUCAGGACUUCCGGCAAGCCUGUGACUGCCCUAUGUAGUAAGGUGCUGGGAGGUGACCGUGCAGCUUAGACAGCUCUAGGAGUGGAAGGAGGGUUCUGCUGGCCCAUCCUCUGCCCCGUUCUCAACCACCCUCAAACUCUCUCACUCUAAGCCCCUGCUCAGGGAGGUGGCUUUGGCCCAGAGGCUCAGGCCUGGUCUGAGAUAGUCAGGCCCAGUGGGGUGGGGUCCUGGCCAGAUCUAGACAGUCUUCAGUCAGGGAAGCCCCAGAAGCCACACAGGUAUUAAGUGGAGGCAGGGCUCUCCAAAAGACCCCCCUGGAAUUCUGUGCAGGGUAAGCCAGGGCAGGUGGGGGGGGGGGGUGGUGCCAGGACUGGUCCCCCUCCAUGCCUAGACCAUGCUCUCUUUAGCUUGGACAGCAUUCCAGGCCCCCACGCUACCCUCAGAACUACCAUUCCCAGGACCUCCCCACCCCGUCUGCCCACAUUCCCACCUCUCCCUCCUGCUGGAAAGAGAGCUGUGCUCUAGUCCUACCCCUGCUGCAUGUGGCCAAAUAAAGGUAUUCCAGCCCAA